AAUGAAUCACUCACCUCCAAAAUCUUAAUCACUCUCAGCAGAAAGGCGUCCUACAUCUAUUUUUUUGCAUCCUUUUCCAAAACCUCCUAGUUGUUCUCAUAUGCCAAUAUUCAAGAUUGAUUUUGGCAAGGAGAAUAUUCCACCAUAAAAAAUAAGUUGGGAAUAAUAUUCAUAAUCUCUUUAGUAAUCAACUGUUUCUUAAAAGAAAAAGCCAACUUAAAAAUAUGUUGAAUUGGAAUCACAAACUGAUUCUAAAAUCAAAUUCAAAUUUCCCUUAUACACAGAUCAUUAGCUUGGAAUAAAAUCAGAAUUUCAAAAUCUUCUAUAAGAAGCAUAUGAUAAUGAUGAUGAUAUAAAUACAAGAGAAAGUGUAAUGAAAUUUUUUAUAGAUGUUUGUAAAAGAGAUUUAGUAUAAGGAAUUAUGGAAAAUCAAUAAAUUAAAGAUUAAAAUGGGUACUUAAUUUGUUAUAAAUAGAAAUCCAAUCCUAAAUUUUUCAGGUUUAACUUCAAGAUUGAGUUUGCAAUAUGAAUCUAUGAACUAAAAUACAGAAUGA